UAUUUACCACAGACUGUAGAGAGGAGCCUGGAGAGUGGCAGUUGUGGACUAGACUCUCUUCCCCAAACUUGAUAAAAAUAUCCCCCAACUUAAAAACUUAAAGAAGCUACCUUACUCAGUCCUUCUAGGCAUGAAUGAUGUUGGUUGGGGUUUAGAGAGGCCUCUUGGCAUAGCUUUCAAGGUCACCUCCUAACCGGGAAAUCCUUAUCUUAAUGUAUACAAAACAGGAAGACUUACUUCUUAUUUCCACCUUUUUUCUGCCUGAGGCACCAAUCAAGGAAAGCCCCGUGGAAGUUUGGGAGGUCAAGUCCUCCUCUGAAUGCCAAUAAAACCAAACAGUUUAACAAAAGCUGCUUUCCAAGGGAGGACUGAGUGGAAAAGUUUAACACCCUUAAACCAACAAAGACACAGCUUUUACCCCCAAGCUAUCCAGAAAAGGCAGAGAACUGUGAGCUAAGAAGCCGCCUCAGGCGUCAGGAUGAAGCGGGUCCACCUCCUCUCUGCUGUCUGCACCUACUACCACUUUUUCUCUUUGGCAGCUGUAGCCCAGAGGGAUUCCACAGAUGUUCUCUUACCUAGUUCCUAUGUACUAGACAUAGAAUGUGAAGAACCAGGGCCGUGUUUUGAUCCCUGCAAUAACUAUACAACGCUUUCCGAGUCCUGGAGAAGCAUGGACCAAGAGAGUAGCAUGAAGAUAUGUGACGUCUUUAAAGAAGGCUGGUACCGGUUUACAGGUCCAGGUGGGGUACGGAUACCAGAGAAGUGUGUGCCAGUCAAUAGAUGUGGCACGGAUUCCCCUCUGUGGCUGAAUGGGACCCACCCAUCAAAAAAGGAAGGCAUUGUUAGUCGAAAUGCCUGUGCUCACUGGAGUGAUAAUUGCUGCCUCUGGAGCACAGAGAUCAAGGUGAAGGCUUGCGAUAGAGGAUUCUACGUCUACAAGCUAAAUGGAACACCCGAGUGUGAUCUGGCAUACUGUACAGACCCCAACACUACUGAUACAACAGAGAUGGAAUGUGAUCUCGAGUGUCCCCCUCAAGAGGAAUGCCAAGUUGUCAACGGCACCCAAGGCUGUUACUGUAGACAAGACUUCAACGUUUCUGAUAUUACCAGCUUGCGCCCUCUACUGCAUUGUGGAGCCAAUGACAUCAAAGUGUCCCUGGACAAGUGCCAACUGGAGGGAUUGGGGUUCAACAAUGGAGAGGUGUUAGCUUACCUCAGAGAUAGUAACUGCACUGGGAUUUUGGAGAAGGAUGAGGAGGGCCGGCUGUUGGUGGUGAACCCAACGCAGGUUGGAGCAUGUGGAACAACUCUGGAGAGAAAUACAACUCAUGCUAUCUAUAAGAACACCUUAACGUUGGCCAAGCAGUUCAUUAUCAUCAGAGACGAUGCCAUCAACAUUGAAUUUCAGUGUGCCUACCCCCUCGAUAUGAAAGUCAGUCUCCAAACAGCUGUGAGGCCCAUUGUCAGUGCUCUGAACAUCAGUGCUUCUGGCUCAGGCGAUUUCCUAGUGAGAAUGGCUCUCUUCCAAGACCAGAAUUACACCUCUCCUUAUGAAGGUUCCAUUGCCGUAUUGUCUACUGAAUCCAUGCUCUAUGUGGGUGCCGUUUUAUAUGAAGGGGAUACUGCCCAAUUUAACCUACUGCUGAAGAACUGUUAUGCCACACCUACUAAAGAUCGAACUGAUCCCCUGAAGUAUUUCAUCAUUAGGAAUAGCUGCCCAAACAUAUACGAUUCAACCAUCAGAGUGGAGGAGAAUGGAGUGUCUACAGAAGGUCGCUUUUCAGUUCAAAUGUUUAUGUUUGCUGGGAAUCAUGACCUUGUCUACCUACACUGUGAAGUUCAUCUCUGUGACAAUGUCAAAGAAAAAUGUCGUCCAUCUUGCUCUGGAAUUCAACAACGAAGUGAAAUCCCCAUCAAUCCAGCUCAUGUUCUGGAUUUGGGUCCUAUUGCUCGGAGAGGUUCUCCUUCUCUUCCUGAAGCAAAUGGAGCCACCACGCCCUUAGGGUUCCUGACAAUCUGGCCAGGACUGUUGCUUUCUGUCCUUGGGAUUUUGCUGUUCCAUUAAUCUAGCUGGGUAUCGUAGUCUUGGCUCUAGAAUAUAUCAAAUGAAGCUCACUCACCCUGGACAUUGCCUUUUUUUAACUCUCUAAAGGACAUAGAGAAUAGGGUUUGAAAAUAAUAAUCAAAUAGGGACAAGAAGGAAGUAGUAUCUCUUAUAAAAUUAGCAGAAAUAGUCAGGGCUUUUAUCUUUUUUUCACUUUCAAUAGAAGAACUUUCAACCAGGGGCUUCCUAUAUCUGUUGUGGUCUUUGCCUCACUUAGCAGUAUGGAAGAACCUGCAAAGAGGGACCUCUGGGUGCCUGCCAUGGUAGAAAGAAUUUGUGUGCUGGUCCAGGAUUUUUAGCUCCAACUGAUUCCUGAAUCCAGGAAUGACACAAAGUUCCUCUGAGAUCAGGGCUUGGCUCCAGUAGAGGGGGAGGUGAGCUGACUUAUUUACCAGGGCUGAUUGGUUAUGAAUGUAGAGAUCUAAGGGUGAGCUAGGGGGCCAGUUCCCUAGGAUGCAUCCCCAUCUAUGUCACACUAUGAAAUGAACUCAGACUUAAGUGUUAAGAUGAAGUAGACUAGAGCUAAGGAGGCCAGUGAAUCAUCCCCUACCCCAAAUGCUUACCAUUACCCCUGAUUCUGGGUAAUGAGACUAUAGUGUAAUAAGCAGCUACCAAUACCAAUGUGGAAUCCAACCUGAUUAUAGAGAAAACACUAAUAAACAUUCAUCAAGCAUUUGACCCA